UCAUUUCCUUCUUUUACCUUGAGUUGGCAACUAGUUUUCCCAACAGAGUCUCUGAAGCCCAGAACUGGAGAUUUCUGAGUUUUCUCAUCUCUUUCCUUGACCCUUCUCCACGCUGGCCAUAGUGCCAUGAAGGGUGCCAGCACUUUACUCAAGCUGCCUCUUCUAGGGAUCUUUUUUUGGGCCCUGGCUUCAAGCUAUAACUUGGACACCAAACAUCCCAAGAGCUUUUCCUUCCAGGAUGCAGGGAUCCACUUUGGGUAUCAGGUUCUGCAGGUUGAAAAUAGGGUCGUCGUUGGAGCUCCUGGUGAGGGGAACAAUACUGGGAACCUUUAUCAGUGCCAUCCAGCCACAGGACACUGCCAGGCUCUAGACCUGAGAGAUGCCAAUCUCACUUCCAAGUAUGUAGGCAUGACCUUGGCCUCAGACCCCAUAGACGGGCGCCUUAUGGCUUGUGACCCUGGUCUGGCCAGAGAAUGUGAUCAAAACUUCUAUUUAAGCGGUCUUUGCUACAUCUUCACCCCAAAUCUGGGUGGAACAGAACUUCUUAUACGUCCUGGUUAUCAGGAGUGUCUAAAAGCAGAUGUAGAUUUGGUGUUCUUGUUCGAUGGAUCCCAUAGCAUAAAUGAGAAUGAUUUUAAGAAAAUCCUGGAAUUCAUGGAAGAUGUGAUGAGAAAACUGAGCAAUUCUUCAUUCCAUUUUGCUGCUGUCCAGUUCUCAACCUCCUCCAAGACCGAAUUUUAUUUCUCAGAUUAUAUCAAGACAAGAAACCCCCAUACCCUGCUAGCUAACGUCAAACACAUGCAAGAACUCACCAACACUUAUCAGGGCAUCAGACAUGUUGUUGAAGAUGUGUUUAAUAUGAAUCGGGGUGCCCGCCCUGAGGCUGUACGAGUAAUGAUCAUCAUCACAGAUGGGGAUGCCACUGAUACUGGAAACAUCGAGCAAGCCAAGCACAUCAUCCGUUACGUGAUUGGGAUUGGGGGUGGAAUUCAAGAACCUGAGAAACUUGAUGAUUUUGCCUCAACUCCCAAGUCGGACUUUGUGAAAAUUCUGGACACCUAUGACAAGCUUAAGGGAUUGUUUGAUGACUUGGAGAAGAAGAUCUAUGACAUCGAGGGUACUAGUAAACAGGAAGAUAAGAUUUCUUUCAAGAUGGAGCUGUCUUCCAGUGGGAUCAGUGCUGACUUGGUCAAGGGCAGCAGAGUGGUGGGAGCUCCUGGGGCUCUCGAUUGGGCUGGGGGAUUUAUAGACCUGGAACCAGAUCUGAAGGAUGAAAGAUUUGUGGGUAAUCAGCCCAUGAACCAGGAGGCAGAGGAUGGCUACUUGGGCUAUACAGUGGCCUGGCUCCUCUCCAAGGGACAGAGGAAACUACUGGCAGCCGGUGCUCCUCGAUAUCAGCAUGUGGGCCGGGUGCUACUUUUCCAAGAACCAGACCACAAGGGAGGAAACUGGAGCCAAGUUCAGAAGUUUGAAGGAACCCAGAUUGGCUCUUACUUUGGUGGGGAGUUGUGUGGAAUUGAUGUGGACCAAAAUGAAGAGAUGGAGCUGCUGUUGGUUGGAGCCCCCUUGUUCUAUGGGGAGUGGAGAGGAGGCCGUGUUUUUGUCUACCAAAGGAAAGAGCUGGCAUUCCAGCUAGUGAUGGAGCUACAAGGGGAACCUGGACAUCCCCUGGGUCGUUUUGGAGCAGCCAUCUCUGCUCUGACUGACAUUAAUGGGGAUGAUUUGACAGAUGUUGCUGUGGGAGCCCCACUGGAAGAGGCGGGGGCCAUCUACAUCUACAAUGGGAAGCCUGGUGGACUCAGUUCCCAGCCUAGUCAGCGCAUAGAGGGCGUCCAAGUAUCCCCAGGACUCCAGCACUUUGGGAGAUCCAUCCAUGGUGUCAGGGACCUUGGAGGAGAUGGACUAGUAGAUGUGAUCAUAGGGUCUCAGGGCCAAGUGAUUAUGCUGAGUUCUCGUCCAGUUGUGGAUAUCAUCUCUUCAUUGGACUUCUCCCCAGCAGAAAUUCCAGUACAGGAAGUAGAGUGUUCCCACCAGGACACUGCAAAGAGGACUGGGGUCAACAUCACUGUAUGCUUUUGGGUAAAGAACCUCACACCCAAAUUCGUAGGGGCUCUAGUGGCUAAUCUCACAUAUACCCUACAACUGGAUGGACACCGGAUCAGAAGUCGGGGCUAUUUCCCUGGAGGGAAACAGGAGACUGGAGGGAACAUGACAGUCACCUCAGAGACAUCCUGCAUACAACACUGGUUUAAUUUUCCUGUAUGCAUUGAGGACUACAUCUCCCCCAUCAAUGUCUCCCUGACCUUUUCUCUUUCUGAGGGCGAAUACAAUACCCUACAGCCUACGAUGAGGCCUGUCCCACAUUCAGAGACCAAGGAGAUUCCUUUUGAGAAAAAUUGUGGAGAUGACAACAAAUGUGAAGCUGAUCUGAAGUUGAACUUCCAUCACACAGGAUCUCAUAAAUUGGACCUGGCCCCUUCAUCCAGCCUCUGUGUCGUUUUGGAGCUGAGUAAUGUCAAAGAAGAUGCCUAUCGGGUACAACUGGCCUUGACUGUUCCCCAGGGCUUCUCCUUCAGAAAAGUGUCCGUGCUCCAGAUAAACAAGAAGGAGAGUCAGAUCCCUGUGAGCUGUGAGGAAGGAAGCCAUGAGACCAAACUCCCUGCUUGGACUUUAUCUUGCAAUGUGAGCUCCCCCAUCUUAAAAGGAGGCAGAACGGUAUUAAUCCACAUAAUGUUUGACACCUUGUUGAACAGCUCCUGGGAGGACAGCCUAGAGAUGAAAGCAAAUGUGAGCAGUGAGAAUGAGGACUCCAUACUACUAAAAGACAAUUUGGCCACCAAGAGGAUCCCCGUCCGGUUCCCUGUGAAUGUGAUGAUUGAAGACCAGGAAAACACUACUCUGUACCUCAAUUUCACCGCCAGAGGUCCCACAGUCCACAAGGUCCAGCAUAUUUAUGAGGUGAAGACUCAGGACUUCACUGAUUUCCCUCCUACUCUGGACAUUGUUGUCGUGGUGCCAAGAAGCCAGAUGGGAGGAUUCUUUACGAGGAACUGGACUGUUCAGACGGAACCUCCAGUACCCUGUUAUGCUGAGGCCCUGAAAGAACUGUCCCAUCCCACUCAGGCCUGCGCUCCAGGGGCUACCUUCUGGUGCACCGUUGAUUUCAGGAAAGAGACGCUGGUGCAAGUGAGCGGGCUGGUGGAGAUCACGGAAAAGAUCCAGGCCUCUUCCAUGUCCAGCCUGUGCACCAACAUCUCCGUGUUAUUCAACUCUAGCAAAUACUACCACCUCUAUGGCAAGGAGUCUUCCCAGGCCCAGGUUGUCACAAAGGUGGACAUUGUGUAUGAGAAAAAUUCUCUUUACCUCUAUGUGCUUAGUGGGAUUGGUGGCUUGGUCCUCUUGCUGCUGAUUUUUGGGGUGCUCUACAAGAUUGGCUUCUUCAAAAGGGGCCUCAAAGAGAAGAUGGAAGCUAAUGGUGCAGUUCAGGAUGGAAUGACAGAUGAAGCCUCUAGUGUCCCUGCUGCUGCUACUGACCCAAGCUGCACAGAGCCCCUUCACCCAGAGGAAGGGAAGAAUGAAGACUGUGAUGACCCAGACACCACAGAGCCCCUUUCCCCAAAGGAAGGUGGAGGAGGAGAAGAGUGUGCUGAAUGAAGUCUGAGCUACUGGGGCCCCAGAAUUAGAAAAAGCCCAGGGCCCAUCGUAAAGAAUUCUGAGAUGUAACAUUAGCAUGGCCAACAACCUGUCCUGUGACCUUAGGCAAGUCCUUUCCCCUCCCUGGGCUUUAGUUUCCAGUUUGAAAAUGAAAUGGGAUAAAUAAUACCUGCCCUAGUUCAUAGGGAGAUUAUGAGAGUCUAAAGUGGCGAUAUAUGUGAAAGAACUUUGGAAAGUCAUCCAAAUUAAUCAACAAGCAUAGAAUCUGUGAUACGGAAGGUACAAAGGGAGACCCCCCAAAUAAAUAUCCCUGCCUUCAAA